UCCUUUCGGGCCCCAGUCUCCAGUUCUCUAGCGUUCCCAGGUGAGCUCCCCAGCGGCCGCCGCUCAUGAUGGAGGCCAUCAAGAAGAAGAUGCAGAUGCUGAAGCUGGACAAGGAGAACGCUCUGGACCGGGCGGAACAAGCGGAGGCGGAGCAGAAGCAGGCCGAGGAAAGAAGUAAACAGUUAGAAGAUGAGCUGGCGGCGAUGCAGAAGAAGCUGAAAGGGACAGAAGACGAGCUGGACAAGUAUUCCGAGGCUUUGAAGGACGCGCAGGAGAAGCUGGAGCUGGCAGAGAAGAAGGCAGCGGACGCUGAGGCUGAGGUGGCCUCCUUGAACCGUAGGAUCCAGCUGGUUGAAGAGGAGCUGGACCGUGCUCAGGAGCGCCUGGCCACUGCUCUGCAAAAGCUGGAGGAAGCUGAGAAAGCUGCUGAUGAGAGCGAGAGAGGUAUGAAGGUUAUUGAAAACCGAGCUUUAAAAGAUGAAGAAAAGAUGGAACUCCAGGAAAUCCAACUCAAAGAAGCUAAGCACAUUGCAGAAGAGGCAGAUAGAAAGUAUGAAGAGGUGGCUCGUAAGUUGGUGAUCAUUGAGGGAGACUUGGAACGCACAGAGGAACGAGCUGAGCUGGCAGAGUCCCGUUGCCGAGAGAUGGAUGAGCAGAUCAGACUGAUGGACCAGAACCUGAAGUGUCUGAGUGCUGCUGAAGAAAAGUACUCUCAAAAAGAAGACAAAUAUGAGGAAGAGAUAAAGAUUCUCACUGAUAAACUCAAGGAGGCAGAGACGCGUGCUGAGUUUGCUGAGAGAUCGGUAGCCAAGCUGGAAAAGACAAUUGAUGACUUGGAAGAUGAGCUCUAUGCCCAGAAACUGAAGUACAAGGCCAUUAGCGAGGAGCUGGACCACGCCCUCAAUGACAUGACCUCUAUAUAAAUUGCCACCGUUUCUGCUCUGUUCUGGAUCUGCCCCCUUUGCUUGGGGAACCCAACGCCCCACUCUCACUCUGGAUUUCGUUUGGAUCAGCCUGGCUGGUCCCCAAGGCGUUAGGAUGGGCAGGGGCCACAAAAGCAACUUAUGUAUUCUCCCCACCCCACCCGAAAUUAAAAUGUUCCGCCUCGGAAGCCUCACGCCACCCUGCGUCUGUGUCACUGACAAAGCUGCUGCUGUCCCUGAGAAAGCCUCGGGUGUGAUGGGGGAACUGCUAUCACAGGCCCUCCCUCCUCUGACUUGCAUAAUCAAAGCCACUUUGUGUGUGUCUGUUUUUUCUUGGCAUUUCAACUCUCCUGAGCUGAGUCUGUCAGAGUGGUGGGCUAGUUGGGGAGCUCUAGUCUUGCUGUUUAAGCCGAAUGAGACCAUCCAAGUCCUUUUCUUGCAGUUCUUAAGUCAUGCCGCCUGGAAUGUUCCAUCCUCUCCAGGUUCUCCUCCUUUGCUUAAGGUCAGGAGUCCAUUGAAGUGCCUCCCAAUACACAUUGUCUACCCUUUGCCAGUGGUUCAAACGGUGCAUCCUCAAAACAUCCGGUGGACCCAACUAUGUUACCAUUAAAACUGGCCAUCCCAAGUCAUAGAAAAGCACAUGGUGGAUAGAACUUUCAACAGUUUAAUGUUUUCUUCCUGAAAUCUUUCUUGCAUAUUUGAGGUUUAUUACCAUUUGCCUCCUCCUAUGAGACAAAUGACAAGUGAUAAGUGAUUUUCAGAAAAACUAACACAAUCAAGCAUGCCUAUUACAAAUAAACUCGCACAGGGUGGUAAUGGUUUCUUCAUGCAUUCAUAGGCAUAGAUAGAGAUGGGAAGAACACAAUAUCUAUAAAGGUAGAUUUAGACAGUUGGGACAGAUGUGUGCUGAAAUCAGGCUGGGCUGGGGUUAAUUUUAUUUUCUAGGUAAUGGGGAUGACACUGGAGAGUUCCAACAAGGAUGUGUUGUGGUCUGCAUAGCAUAUAAGAAGAGUUAUUUUGGCAGCUGAGUUAAGAGUAUAUUGAAAGAGAAGCAGAUUAUCAAAGUGAUUGAUGAAGACAAUGAUUCCCAAAUUUCAUACCACUUGGGGAUUUACCAUAUUCACUUGCUGCCUACAUUGUUUUAUUGGUUUCAAAUUUGUUUUAUUCUUACUCCACACAAUUCUAACUUGAAAUCAAAUGUUUGAUGUGUGCUACUGUUUCCUAUUGCACAUUAAAGAAAUACACAUAAUAAAAAAUGUUGAAAUUCACAAAUGCAUAUAGCUUGACAUCUCACCUCCACUAGCAGUGACUGUGCUACACUUUGGGAGACACUGGGUUAGUUCAUUGCAGUUUUCCCAGGGGUAAUAGUCUGGACUGGAGUGAUGGUGGGGAAGAGAUGGCAUGAAGAUGGGUAUUUUGAAGGGCCUAGCCAAUGAAUGUGAGAAGGAAAAGCCAAGGACUGGUCCUGAGCGUGAGAAAAUGGUGGUGAUAUAGGUGCAGGGAGAACAUGUGGAAAGUAGAGACUAUAAGUCUGAAAAACUUAGUUUCCAGGUGAAACUAUCGGGGGCUUGAUUUGGGAAUCCAUAGGGUGACAAGCAGUUUAGGCCAUGGAAGGAUUUAGAACCUUAAAAGACAAUUGUAAAUGUAAAAAGAAUUAAGCAAAGAGAAAAAUCUAUGGACGAGGAAGCCAAAUGGAAUAGGUUGGAGGGAUAAAGCGGAAUGAGUAGCCUUGAUACUUUAUGAAGUUCAGUGAUUCUCAACUUCAGCAGGUUAAGAAGGAAAUUAACUGGAGAUGGGACGUUGUCAUUAAUACUGUAUUCAAAGGGUACAUUUUGAGCCCAAGAGCAAGGAGAGGAGCUAUAUUUCACAGAG